AUGCAAGGGCAGACGUCGGCCAAGGUGAAGGGGUUGCCGCUUCACCUGAGUUCUGCUGCCCUACACGAGCUGUGCAGCCACUAUGGCGCCCUCCGCAUUCGUCCCCUCUCCGGCCCGAUGGGGACGGUGGUGGUGGAGUUUCCAUCAGAGGACGCUGCCAUGCGCGGGGUGGCGGCCCUCAGCGGGCUGCGUCUAUGGGAUCGGACGCUCACCGCCACCCUGCUGCCCGCCAAUGCAGCGACCGCUACUACUGAUACCCCAACGCCCAUGCCAAGCCGAGACCCUGCUUCGGCCUUGGGCAAGCGACCGCUUUUGGCGGACGCCUUGCAUGAGGCUCAGCUCAAUGGGGCGACCAGCUCUUCGGCCUCGGCAAACGCAAACUCAGAACUGGGACCCGAGUACCUCUAUCCACCGCUCGACGUCGACAUCGUGGCCAACAUUGUAAGGGCGCUCGCCGAGGUGCCACACUCCACCUGCCCGCCCCGUUUGGGCCGCAGAAGCACACCACCGCCAGCACCCGAGCAAGGGGCCCGCAGCCGAAGCGGCGCAAAAAGGCCCUCACCGCACCCGACGACGAUCUCUCGACCGACGAAUCCGAGCUUGAGUCCGACGCAGAGGUCUGCCGCAGGCCUUACCGCUGUACUUUGCCCAGCCCAUCAGGUGCCAGACCUCCGACGCACAACUGGCCAUCGACCUCCAGCUCUCGCUCACACACGACAAGCUGUCGCUGGACAAGAUUGUCGAGUCCUUUUAUCCCUGUCUCACAGCGGAGGCAGGGCAGACCGUCAGCGAGAAGCCCGGCGGGCUGCUCACCCUCAUGACUCCGCCCGUUCAAGGCCCGACUUCCGCUCCGCAGGCCCGACCACGAUUCGUUGCACGGCAGACUCCUGGCGACUGUUCUCGACGCUCGACAAGCGGCUUCACAACCUGCGAUCUUCGGCCAAGGGGCUUGGACCCAACAACAAGAAGGAAGAAGGAAGAAGAAGGAGAGCGACAACACAACACAGAUGGACGCGUCAACACAACAAGAGCCAAGGCAAAAUGGUUGGCGCUGAGCGUAGGGCUCACGCUGGGCGUCCUCUUCAUCUGCUCCGAUUUUUCUUCUUGCGGGACUACUCCCGCACCUGCGGCAGAGAAGAAGAAGAAGAGUUCAGCUCCUUCGCUCGCUCCCUCACCGCCGCCACCGCGGGCCAAAGGCGGGUGGUGCACGCCUCGGCCGCCUAUCCGCUCGACCAGGCCCGCACCUCUUCGUGCCGGUUGGACCCGGCCCUUCGCCAGGGACUGCGGGCGUCGUACGCCAAGUACGCGAGGGAGCUGAGGGCCUCGCCCCACUACGACCUGUGGCUCCUCUAUGACAUCGGCACCGAGGCACCACCAAACCUAACGGCCGACAAUGAGGUGCUGGCCGAGUACUACGAGCUGCAGCGGGAGUACCCCGGGCUGGGCCUGUUCCUCUACAACGCCAGCGACGUCAAGGCGCUCCUCCCGACCGCGGCCUACAUCCAGAAGGACGCGACGCCCAACUUUUGGUUCCACGACGCGUCGCUCUUCCUCUGGGAGAGUGAGCUGUACAUUUGGACAGUCGAGCACGAUGCCAUCUACUUUGGCGACGUGUCUAUGUUCCUCGAUGAGCACAACACCAACACUGCAGACUACAUUGCCGACUAUUCCCCGCUGAGGCCAGAUUGGUAUCACUGGAAGCAAAGCACGUGGCGGCCGCCCUACGACAAGGCCGUCUUCAAGAAGCAGCACGUCGAGCGCCACUCGACCGCGCUGCUGCGCUACCUGUACAGCAUCACGCUGCUCGACGUGG